AUGCCACGUCCUAUAAGAAGUCUCACGCGAGGAUGGCUUCUGUUGCCCCUUAGCAGGCGCCCUGCUAGGUUCCAACCCUCUCUGCUUCGACAGCCACCUUCGACCGCCGAACGACCGACAGAGCACAACCACAAGGCUGGAAACAACGCUCACGACAAGCAGGAGCGGAGCAAGUUCGCACGCAGCGUUCUUGAGGGUAGCACCGUAGCCCUUAUUUCGUUGCUAGGCCUAGCUCUUGGCGGUUAUGGAUAUAGCUUGUUCUAUAAGGAGACUGUCAGAAGCAAGAUCGAGAAUGCCUUCUCGAAGGGCUACAGCUCGCAAGAGCGCGUUGCGCUAGGCCGUAUCGCCUAUGGUGCCAACCCGGACAAGAUCCAGGAGAUUGUGGAGAAGGAGUUUUGGGUGCCGAGAGACGAGCAGGAGCAGGUCAACGACAUAGUAAGCGGUAAAACCCGCGGCAAAUACUACCUCAUUAUCGGCGAGAGAGGCACAGGGAAGCGAGCCUUGCUCAUCGAGGCUAUGCGCCAGGUCCAUGGAGACGGUGUAGCUAUGCUCGAGGCACACAGCGAGCUGGAAGUAUUUAGGACGCGGCUGGGCAAGUCGAUCGACUACGAGUUCCACGAAGACUACAUUGGAGGGCUGUUCAGUAUCAGAGGGCCGCGAGACAGCACGCCGCUCCUCGACAUUGAGAGAGCGUUGAACCAGUUGGAGAAAGUCGCGCUUUCGAUGAGGAAGCGUCGUGGCAAGCCUCUGCUCAUGGUCAUUAACAACAUCCAUCUCUGCAAGGACGAUGAUCAAGGCCGCGACUUGCUAGAAAUCCUGCAGCAGCGAGCGGAGAUCUGGUCAAGCAAUGAGCUGGUCACCGUCGUCUUCACAUCGGAUGAGCACUGGACGAUGGAGCGGCUGAUACCGCAUGCCACCAACAUGCACGUCAUGAACAUCCGAGACGUUCGCAAAGAUUUGGUCAUUGAAUCCCUCAGAAAGUAUCGCGCCAAGUACCACAACGAGCACGUACCGCAAAGCAUCCUCGAGGAGGUCUUCGCAAAAGUUGGCGGCCGACUCAUCUUCCUGAACCAAGUUGCAAAGUCUGACGACAUGCUGCAAAUAUGCGCAAAUAUCAACAGGCGAGAAAAGUCGUGGUUCCUGAACCAGUGUUGGAUCCUCGGCGAUUCGAUGGACGAUGAUGUCGAAGAGGAGCAGAAGUUCUGUGCUGCAGCUAUCGUGCUAGCUCGCGCUCUCGUAAGUCGCGAGAAAGAGCUUGCAGACCCAGACGGUGUGCUCCCUGAGAUUCCACUUCACGAGGCGCGCCAGAUAAUCACACGUGCCGACUUCGUAAGGCCGUUCGACCACAUAAAUGUCAUCCACAUCGAUGCAUGGGGCAUGGUGCGUGCAGACUCAGUGCCAAUGCAGAACGCUUUCCGCGAGAUCUGCAAUGAGGAGGGCUUCGAAGAGCAUUUGAAGGCAACGCUCAACAGACUGGAUGAACUGGAGAGCCUGGCGAGAACAAGGGAGGUGAGCUGGAGAGCGGCGCCCGAUAGGAGUGGCGGUAUUGUGCCGGUACAGACGUACUGUGCGAAGAUCUCGGAUCCACGAGCUGGCGGUCAUGAAGUCGUGGCGUCGACCACGCCCGCCCGUUAG